AUGGAGAGCAAUAAGGGAUUACUGCGCUGUAAGGUCGUGGUGGUCGGUGAUACGCAGGUUGGCAAGACUGCUCUCCUUCACGUUUUUGCCAAAGAUUCGUAUCCAGAGAAUUAUGUUCCCACGGUGUUUGAGAAUUACACAGCCAGCUUCGAGAUCGAAAAACAGAGGAUCGAGCUCAACAUGUGGGACACUUCAGGUUCAGCCUACUAUGACAAUGUGCGGCCGUUAGCGUAUCCUGACUCAGAUGCUGUCCUCAUCUGCUUCGACAUCAGCCGCCCAGAAACACUGGACAGCGUGCUGAAAAAGUGGCAGGGGGAGACGCAGGAGUUCUGUCCCAAUGCCAAAGUGGUGCUGGUGGGCUGCAAGUUGGACAUGAGGACGGACCUCAAUGUCAUGAGAGAGCUUUCCAAACACAGACUCAUUCCUGUCACCCACGAACAGGGAACUGCUUUGGCGAGGCAGAUCGGAGCCGUGGCCUACACAGAGUGCACAUCAAAGUAUUCAGAGAACAGCGUCCGUGACGUUUUCCACGUCACCACCCUGUCAUCUGUGUCCCGUAUCAAUCGGCCUCAGCUCAAACGUGCCGGCUCACGUCGAGGACUCAAGCGGGUUUCCCAGCAACCGCCCCGGACUGAGAUUCAUGAGCACCAACCGGCCAUUAGAAAGGUCCGGGCCAAAAGCUGCGUGCUCAUGUAG